AUGAACGGCCUGGGGAAUAACGGUGGCGACGGGAUGGGCUUCGAUAUGCACGGCCAGCCCUCCAUGAUGAAUCAGCAGCAGCUCUUCGGUGGUUAUUCACACGAUGGCUCUGUAUCUGGACUUUCUGGAGGCGCCAUGUAUGCGGACGACUCUGUAUUAGGCAUGGGGGAUGAUGCCAACGAUGCGAAGAGGCGCCGAAUCGCGAGGGCAUGCGAUAUGUGCCGGAAGAAGAAGAUCAAAUGCGACGGCAAGAUGCCCAAGUGCUCACAUUGUAUCAACUACAAGACCGACUGUGUUUUUACGCAGGUUGAAAAGAAGCGGAAUCCACCAAAAGGAGCCAAGUACAUCGAAGGCCUUGAGAACCGCCUCGGGCGCAUGGAGUCCCUCCUCAGACUGUCCGGACUGUUAUCCGAGGAAGACGAUGGAAAGACAGAUCUGGGCACGCUGGAAAAACGACUGGCCGACCGAACAAAUGCCCUCAACGCGGCGAGAAAUACACCUAAGCCUCCUGCCCAGAGUGCAACCCAGCAAACUACCACCACCUCUCACAAUACCACUCCUCGCAUGGAUUCGCACUCUAGCCCGCAUACCGCUGCUACGUCCCCCGAAUCACAACGAGAGUCUGAAGGCGAAGUGGAAGGGUUAUCUGAUAUGAUGUGUUCCUUGGUCACAAACAACUGCGGAGAGACUCGAUAUAUCGACAUGAUCUCUUCGGCUUACGUUGACGACAACAAGUGGAUGUAUUGGAAACCAGAGAUUUUCAGUGACAUCUUCGCUCGUCGUGUCUUCAAACCACUGCCUCCCAAGGAGGAGGCUUUAUCUCUUUUCAAGGAUUUCUUCGAGAAUUUCAAUUGCAUCUUCCCAUUGUUCCAUGAGGCAACGUUCAUGCACUUGGUGGACAAACAAUACUCCCGGGAUCCUUACGAAGGCUCUGGAUGGUGGGCCAGUAUCAAUGUGGUGCUAGCCAUCUCUCAUCGACUGCGUGUUAUGAGCAACUUGGUACCACAAGAGGAGGACAAGAAAGCCUGGCUCUAUUUGAAGAAUGCCAUGGGGGUUUUGACCGAAUUGACCAUGCGGAACACAGAUCUUAUGAGUGUCCAGGCACUUCUGGGCAUGUCGCUCUUCUUGCAAGGGACGCCUAACCCCCAGCCCGCUUUCUUCCUGGUUGCUGCAGCUAUUCGCCUCUCGCAUAGCAUCGGAUUGCACAAGAAAGGAUCCGCUUUUGGAUUGAACCCCGUUGAGGUGGAGCAAAGGAAACGUGUUUUCUGGAUCGCAUACUGCCUCGAUAAAGAUAUCUGCCUCCGAUCCGGCCGACCGCCAGUACAAGAUGAUGAUGACAUGAACGUUGACCUUCCCAGCGGGAAUCCGCCAGAUAACGUGGGCAAUGUGCCACUCGGAGACGGGAAGAACAAAUUCAAUCUUUUCAGAACUUUUUGCGAAUUUGCUACGAUUGAAAGCAGGAUUUACAAGAGACUUUAUUCGGCUACGGCAUCCCGGCAAUCUGACGGUGAACUUCUCAACACCAUUGGUGAGCUUGAUAAGGAGUUAGAAGAUUGGAAAGAGAAUAUUCCCAUCGACUUUCGACCCGAGCACGAAAUCCAAGCCACCCAUGGCCCACUCAUUCUUCAGAUUGUCGUACUUCAUUUUUCAUACUACAAUUGCUUGACUACCAUUCACCGCAUGUCCGUUCAUCAUGGUUAUUGGACUAGUCGACUAUCCAAUUACGCAAUUCAGGGACUGAAUGCUCGGCCUUUAAAUCCAAGGGUCUUCUUAUCUGCUUCACUUUGCGUGUCUGCAGCCAGAACAACGAUCCACUUGAUCAAGUACAUCCCUCAGGGCGAUUUUGCCUGCGUGUGGUUGAUUGUCUACUACCCCGUCUCUGCUUUAGUGACUCUUUUUGCCAACAUCCUCCAAAAUCCAAAUGACGCCCGCGCUCGUUCCGACGUCAAACUAAUGAAUGUUGUGGUUAACUUCCUGUCAACAUUGGUAUCCGAUGAAUCAAAUGGCAGUAUCAAGCGAAUGCUUUCACUUUGUGGGGAAUUUGAACGAAUCGCUAAGGUUGUUCUUGAUAAGAAUGAGAGGGAAUCUCAGACACGCAAGAAGCGUAAGAACGCUCCGGAAGACCCAGUGUCAGCACAGCCGAAAAAGGAACAACCUGCUUCAUUUCCACCUACUACCGCACCUCAGGGGCCUUCCACAACCUUGCCCUUCUCUCCUAGAUUCCCUGGUGACACUGCUGCACCAUCCACGCCGCAAGGGCUCGGCACCGACUCUACUAUGCUCAAUAGUGUUUCUCAGGAUUUUCCGAGCAAUGUUCAAGGGAUACAUGGUAUAGGACAAGAAUUCUCAGAGAUGCUGAGUCCUACUCAACUGGGCAAUGUCGGGUUUGGAGAACAGCCUUUUGGUACCGCCAGCCCGAACGUUGCGCCUUUCCAGCAGCCGUUUGUCCCACAAGACUUAUGGCAGAUGCCAAUGACCAUUGAAUGGGACUGGGCAGAAAUGUCGUCCAAUUUUUCUCCUUUCGAGGGUGGAGGUCCAAACGGUCAACCCCCUCCACAAUAA